AUAUGGAUAUAGCUUUGUAUUUGGUCCACUCAGAGUAGAAAUAUACAGAGGAAGGAAAUGGCGUCUCAAUUCUUCAUACCAUCAGCAAACGUCACCAGUAUCGGCGGAGAUGCCGUUUAUGUAGCGACAGUGCCGCUCAGAGCAACGGGUGGUCCACCACAGCUUAUCAUGUCAAUGGCCUACUCACUAAAUAUAUGGAAUUUACAACAUUUCAUGGUUCUCAUCAAACCAUCUUCUUCAAUUCCUCAAGAGGUAAUCGUGUUUGAUUUCCAGCCUGUUAAUCCAGAAAGCAUAGAAGCAGCAGUAUCAAUUAUAUCAGGAAAAUCGGUUCCAGGAGUAGUGAUGCAAAGAAAGUUGAAGAAUGUUCCUAAACAAAGAUGUUGGAUGGCUGGAUCACCCAAAGGGAACAAUGCCAUGGAAAUGGCAAUUGAGUUUAAUAGCUCAUGGGAGACUGAUCUUAGAGUUGGCUUUCAUGAUUGCCGACAUUAUACCAAUGAACUUGUUCAACAUCUUACCGGAGAAAUACAAAUUGUUGAGCGACUCACAAAAAGCAUCAGCAGUUAGCUUCCACCUCAAGAAUGGAUAAAUGGCGAGCACCUGAAAGUAUAUUUUAAGUUUUAACUCGUUAGUAGAUUAUACUCCUUUGCUCCAGAAUCGCUGGUUUUGUAUUUCAUUACCGCUGAUAUACUUAGAAUCUGAAGAAAGAUGCAAAAUAUUAAAUAAAAACAAGAUUUAUUGAAA